CUAUCAUUCAACGUUGCAACGACGCUUGUCAAUAAUUUACUGCAUGCUGUAGGUAAUAUGGGAUUUCUCCCGGACUUGAACCAUGGCGGCGCAGGCUCCAGCUUGCCACUCCCUGUUCUUCUCCUUGCCGGAGUAUCGACCCUAGUAGCAGUGACUGUCAGUGGAUUGUCAAUAUGGCUGCAGCUAAGAAAUUAUAGGAAGCCCCUCCUGCAAAGGAUGGUCAUCCGAAUUAUGCUCAUGGUCCCAGUCUACGCCUUGUCAUCCCUAAUUUCGCUUUUCUCGCUAGACGCAGCGUUCUUCAUCGAUGUGAUACGAGAUGUAUACGAGGCUUUCGUCAUUUAUUGCUUCUUCGUUCUUCUCCUUGAUUAUUUGGGCGGCGAGCGUUCGCUUCUCAUUCGACUCCACGGACGACCACCUAUUCCUGCCAUAUUUCCUGUCAGUCUUUGGCGACAUGAAGUGGAUGUUAGCGAUCCAUAUACGUUUCUCUUCAUCAAACGAGGCAUUCUGCAGUAUGUACAAGUCAAACCUGUGUUAGCAGUUGCCAGCCUCGUCAUGAAAGCAACUGGAACAUAUCACGAGGGUGAUUUCCGGGCCCGGUCCGGGUAUCUGUAUGUUUCAAUCGUGUACAACGUGUCCAUUUGCCUUGCAUUGUAUUGCCUUGCAGUCUUCUGGAUGUGUGUAAGCAAUGAUUUGAAGCCAUUUCGCCCUGUACCAAAAUUCCUUUGUGUGAAGGGAAUUCUCUUCUUUUCGUUCUGGCAAUCCAUUGCUGUCUCAACUCUGGUUGCGGCCGGCGCCAUAUCUAAACUUGGACCAUACACGGACAGCGAACACAUUUCCCUCGGACUCACCGACACUUUAAUUUGCGUUGAGAUGCCAUUCUUCGCUAUCGCGCAUAUGUAUGCAUUUUCAUAUAGAGACUUUGUCAAACCAUCACCAUCUGCUAAAGUCCACGUGGCACGGAUGCGCAUAGGGUAUGCCAUUCGGGAUGCAUUUGGCCUGAAGGAUCUUGCUGAGGACACCAAGGCAACUUUGCGCGGAGAAGGCAUCAAUUAUCGUGCGUUCGAGCCAAGCGAGGGCGGAAUGCACAUUGGGGCAGCGAGGGAGCGAAGGAUACGUGCUGGCUUGCGCUAUUCCGCGGGAGGAAAGCGGAAGUAUUGGCUCCCGGAGGUGACGGGUCUAGGUGAUGGAAAUGCCGAAGGUGACCACAGGGGCUGGUUGGGCAACGAUGGAGACGUCGCCGCUCCACUACUCGCGGAACAUGCAGAGAACAUUGUUCACUCUGCGCCAGACAUGCAAUAUCAGGGACAACGGCAGACAAUACGAAUGCCCGGCGAUGACGUGGACGUGGAGGACGACGAUGAAUAUGCACUGCACUUCAAUGAUGGCCUGGCUAUCGCGGAUGAUUUACUCUAUGAGCAUGCGAAGAAUUAUGUCUUCGGCGACUACGCGUACCCUGUUGUGGAUGUCAGCUCUGAAGAGGCGCGCUAUGCGAUGUGGGCUGCGGAAGAGAGAAUUGUUAGAGAAGGGGUGCACGUCAAUGUCCACAGAAGUCACAUUGGUGCAAGCGGUAACGGAGGCUAUGGUGCAACGGGUACCCGGGCUGGUCAAAUACGCAAGUACGAGAAUGGUAAAGAUGAAGUGUUCGCUUCAGAAGAUCGUGAGGAAGGCAGGAGGGCAGAGGUGAAUGCAUCGAAGAAGCUAAGGUGGUCGAAUACCAGAAGUAAUGGAGCUCCAUCACCACCGAUCUCCGGCUCGUUAAGCUCCUCAGGAUCAUCAUCCCGACAUAACUCACCGACGUCUCAUGAAUCACGCCCGAGACUGCUGUCUGGAAGUAAUGUUAACGUUCGCGCAUCGUCCCCAUAUCUUCACUCUUCGCCUUCAUACUCGCGAUCGAACCUCGGUACUCCAUCACCCCGCUUAUUUUCUUCUGGAUUACACUCCCACUCAUCUCCUUCUCAUCCUCCACUUGCGGAGCCAGACGCUGUAGACCUUGUUGUGCCCACCGAUACGCUCCCGGUGCCCUCGAGUUCGCAUGCUGCUCAUACUUCUCUGCGCGCCACAGGCUUAAAACGUGUUUGGAGUCAGAAAGGGGAUAUCCGUGCUGAAUCCACCGUUAGGUUAGAAGAAGAAAAUAAUGAUCGUCGCGUCGUCUCCAAUGAAGCCGACAAGGAGUAUGAUAUACGGAAGGAGGAACUUAAUGUUCCGGAGAGGUACGAGCCAGAGGAAAUAGUACGCCCUCAGACGCCGCCUCCACACGCACGGGCUUGGACCUAUGGUACCAAGAGUCCAGGGGAGGACGAAGAGAAUCCGUGGAUGUGAAAUUAUGAUCAAAGGACUCAGAUGCUCGACAUGGCGAGAUACCCUCUCAUAUACAUAACUUAUUCACGUUGUAUAACAUUCGUGUAGCUUUCUGUUGAUUAUCAAAGGAUUUCUUUCAAAA